AUGAUGCAGAAUUUAGACAUGGCUGUACUGUCGGCAUUUGUGGAGAGGUGGCAGCCGGACACAAACACCUUCCACAUGCCGUUUGGAGAGAUUUCGAUCCUUCUACACGAUGUGCAUCACAUUCUUCGUAUUCCAGUUGAUGGAGAGCUGAUGGGAGAUGAGGCGGCGCCGGAUAUUCUUAAGUCAGACAUGGGUGGUCUAGUUCGACUUUCGGUGGAUGCUCAUGUUGGUGGUAAGUGGAAGUCAAAGUGGUACGAUAAUGGUGCUAUGCAUGCAGAGGGAUUGUUGGUGCGUGGGGGAGAGCUGAAGAUUAAGGAGAUGGAGGUGCAGUGUUACCUAUUUGUGUUACUGGGAUCCACGCUUUUGUGGAUAAGAGUCGUGAUCGCCUUCGUCCUACGAUCAACUUGUUUCUGA